AUGGUGGCCCUGACGGCCCCGUACGUGGCCGGGUUCCUGGGCUUCAGGGAGGCUCCGUUCCUGCUGGAGGCUCUGCAGCGGCUGGAGUUCAGCCAGCCUUCACUCAUGCCUCAGGUCUGCCCCCCAAACCCCGUUAACCCGGGAAAUCUGCAGCUUUACUGUGUUUACAGGGAAAACAGGAUGUCUCGGGCGUUCUUCAUCAUGCUGCCGUUCCAGUGA